CCCGAAAUUAAAUGGCCGCCAGCAUCGCCUGAACAACAAAAGAAAAGGGCGAAAUUUUGGCUUGUAAAAUGACUAAAAAUACAUCCAGCUCCGAUUUACGAUCUGAACUUUCUGACCUCGUCAAACGAAGAAUCGAAGUCGCCGAAACCCUAGCCAACUUGGAAAGACAAAUUUAUGCAUUCGAAGGUAGUUACCUGGAAGAUACACAGCUUUACGGAAAUAUUAUUCGAGGAUGGGACCGUUAUUUAAACAGUACUAGCAAACUGUCAAACCCUUCAUCUGACAAAAGGAACAGGAAAUUCAAGGAAAAUGAAAGACUUUUCUCCAAGUCUUCAAUUACUUCUAUGGCGGCUGUGAGCGGGAUCAUUGAUCUGAAUUCUGAGAGAGCAGAACGAAGCAGUGAAACUGAAUCACAAGCAGGAAUGAGUGGAAGUGACGAAAACAGCAGAGAUUUUCUCGGUUUAGAGGGGGUCAAUGGUGAUAAGUUAGGAAAAGUUUCAAAAUCCAGACAUAUAAAUAAAAGAGGGAGCAAGAAGUCAAAACUGAAAUAAUUUCAUAUUCACUGUUCAUUUUCCUAUUCUCUAUAACAUGGUUUCGUGAAUGCCCUUAUGAAUGUACCUUCCUAAGUGUUAAACAAACUUUAUGUCUGUGUGUCAAUUUUCUGGUUUUCUGAAUAAAUGCUCGAAUUAAA